GUCACCCGACAGUGUGUUGAGGAUGGAUGUUACCCUCUCGUCUUCUCUGCUGUUGUCCUUCCUGCUUAUUGCAUCUGUAUGGCUGAAGGACGCAGCAGGCACAUGCAUCAUUCCUGGUAAAGAUCGAAUAGAUCUCUCCGACCAAAAUCUCACCAGCAUGCCUUCAAACCUGCCAAGAAACACCCAAUAUCUGGAUCUCUCCUUCAACACCAUCUCCACACUGACGUCAACAGACCUGGUCAGCUUGUCAGCCUUAUGCAUCUUUAAAAUGGCCAACUGUGGCCUGAUCUCUAUCUCGCCGGCAGCAUUCCAAAGAAACCCUCACCUGCAGGAACUGGAUCUCUCCUUUAACAGGCUCUCCGCAAUUCCGGAAAUACAAGGACUGCCCAAACUCAGAAUUUUAGACCUUUCUGAAAACCUCUAUGAAUCUUUCACCUUGGGCCAGUCCUUUCAAAAUCUUCAGAGUCUCUCUUCCCUUUCUCUGGGAGGCACAAAAGUGUCACAUAUGGACAAGUUCGACUUGACACCUCUCUCACGUUCUCCACUGCGGGAGCUAGCUCUUCAAGCUGGGGAUGACCUCACACAUUUCAACACAGACUUCCUGGGCUAUCUUUUAGGGCUAAAAUCAUUAGCACUUCAGAUCAAUUUCUGCAAAACACCAAAGCUAUUUAAAAAGGUUCUCUUAGACCUGCAGAUGUCUAGUGUGGAUACACUAAUAAUUGAGAAAUUUCUCCCUGAGUUCUGCGAUGUCUCAGCUAAUCUCACAGAUGAUCUCAGAAGCAUGGGAAAGCUCCGUCACCUUAUCCUGAAGGACACCUGGAUAACCAGCUCACUAGCCUCACAGAUUUUAGUCCACGUCAUCCAGUCUCCUCUGCAGACUUUCUCGGUUCUGAAUUGUUCAUAUGAUCAAGACUCAGAGGGCCUGGAAGUCCUCUCAGUCCCAGACCUCAGUAAAAUUGGCAAUCUGCGCGCUGUGACUUUAAACACUCUUCACUACUAUCACUACAGUCGACUGCACGCAUCUGUGAAUCUAUCACUACUUCAGGGUGUAGUGAAAGCAGAAUUCUCGGGAAUGGGACUGAGUGCACCAGGUAAUAUUUUGCAUGAAGUCAUAGGUGAUUUAUCAACCUUACAGACUCUAGAUGUCUCAAAUAACAAUUUAGCCUGCAAUAAUUUCUUUGUAAAAUUAAGCAAAUUCAGGGUUCUCUCAUGUUUGAAAGAGCUUAUUAUUAGAAAUAACAAGUUGCGGAGCCUUAACACAAUAGUUUGGUACAUGAAUCUCGCUCUCACACAUCUAGAAACUUUGGAUCUGAGUUUCAACCCCAUCAUGCUGCCUGCCCAUAAAAAGGUGAUUUGGCCCUCACACCUGAAAAACCUCUCACUGAGUGGGAUCCUCCUUGGGGAUCACCUGUUCGAUCAUCUCUCUCCACACUUUGUCAGCAUCAAUCUGACCCACACGGACGUCACAAGUGUGAACACAGAUGCUCUCCAGUCCAUGAAGGACCUCAAGCAGCUCCUCCUGGGUUCCAAUGCCAUUCGAGAACUUCCCCCUGACCUCCUGUUACCGGCUCUAGAGGAGCUGCAUGUGGACCUCAACAGUAUCAGCACGUUUAAGCCGGAGACUUUCAGAGGACUGCCAAAGCUGAAGAAACUUAACGGUGGAAACAAUCCAUUUGUUUGUGACUGUGACCUCUACUGGUUUGUGCAUGACUUUAAUAAAACGUUGCUGGUAGACUGGCCAGCGGCGUACAGCUGCUACUCCCCCACACACCUAAGCGGAAUACUGCUCAAGGAUUUCCAUCCCAGUCAGGUGGCUUGUGACCCACUGAUCAUGUUUACCAUUUGUUUUACCGUAGUCUUGUUUGCGCUGACUUCCUGUGGAAUUGUGUUUCAUGUCAUGGAUGGAGCAUGGUAUGUAAAGAUGCUAUGGAUCUGGCUAAGAGUUAAACGGAGGAGUCGAAAUAAAGACAGGCGGUUGAUGAGUUCCACUUUCAAUUAUCACGCCUUCAUAUCCUACAGUGUAAAAGAUGCUCAGUGGGUUCAGUCCGAAUUGGCGCCCCACUUGGAGACCUCUAAUUUCCAGCUGUGCCUCCAUGAGCGAGACUUCGUCCCGGGCGAAUGGGUCAUCGACAACAUCAUCAACUGUGUGGAGAGCAGCUACAAGACUGUGUUUGUGCUCUCACAGAGCUUUGUCCAGAGUGAAUGGUGCAACUACGAGCUCUUCUUUGCACAGCACCGGGCCAUCGACGUUCAACGGGACUCCCUGGUGUUGAUUCUGCUGGAGCCCAUCCCGCCAGACUCUCUUUCCAGAAAGUUCCUGCGCUUGAGAUCCUUGCUCAGGCAACAGACUUACUUGUCUUGGCCCCGAGAGGAGCCGAAACGGCAGCUGUUCUGGGCCAGUUUGACAGCCAUGUUAAGGACUGGAGAUAACAGUGUGGUUGCUGGCAAAAGUGCAGUUUUGCAGCAAGUGGCAGGAGACAUAGCAGAUCUGUGCCAUAAUGAAGCGGACUAUACAGAACAUGAUCCGUUAUUGGAAGACUAAAAUGUUAUAUACAUAAAUGCAUGAAAGUGUAUGAUUGUUUGUGCCUUAAUUGCUAAUAUGCAUAUAAUGUUUCGAAAUCCAGACUUUAAGGGGAAUUCCGGUGAUUUUUCUCAUAGAUCUCUAGUUCUCAAGGUCACCGAUUACCACAAAAAUUAAGCAAUAGGUUUUUCCCAGCUUUACAGUAGUUGCUGCAGCUACAGCGGUACACUCUGGGGGCAUGUUCAUGAGAACCCGUUUUCACGUCGUCAGAGUGUAGUGCUGCUCUAUCUGCCUGGAAAUCGCCAGAAUUCCCCUUUAAGACAAAACUGUUCUCAGAUGCUUUCUGCUUACUAAUCAGAUGCAUUUCCUGUUAAUAAGAUGCACUCUGUAUUUUAAUGCCUUUUAAUUAUUUAUGUAUUUUAGUUAUUCCAUUUUUAUGUCAUUUACUUUUUAAGCUGUUUUUAAACAUGCAAUUUUAGCAUUUUAUUUACUAUUAUUCUUUGCCUUUUGUUUAUGCAAAGCACAUUGAAUUACCCCUGUGUAUGUAUGAAAAAAUCCAAAUCCAACUCGGUAUAUCUGGUUGCAAUAUGGCCUCCAAAUAUGGCUAUGUACUGUGUAAUAUUUAUGUAAUCUUAUGAGACUUGUCGAUAUUGUGAUACCUUAGUGUAAAAACGAUAAAUAUUUAUCUUUUUAAAGUACAAUAUCCCUUUAUACUUGACAUACAUUGUGUGUGUGUGUGUGUGUGUGUGUGUGCCUGUGUCUGUGUGUCAGACGUGUUACAUCCACAUGUGUUUGUUCCUCCACGCGUCCACCUUGAGUUAGACAUAUUGAUUACACGUCGUGAUUUGGAAACAACUCAUGUCACACCCCACGUUAUGCACGCAUCUGUCACUACCAUUACGAUUCACAUCCUUAAGUAUGCACAUGGGUCUCUUAAAUCUCCCUUUAGAUAAUGGGAUGCAAUCAAUAGUCACUCUCACCUGCACAUGGAACAAAGGACUCCCUUCUGUUUGUGAGAUUGAGGUACGUUGAGGGAUAAAACCCUUACAUCCCGGGGGUUUGUUCACCUGCUUUUUAGGCUCACUGCAAUCACAGCACAGAUUCCACAAGAGGUUUGUGUUCCAUGACAAAGCGGC